AUGUCGGAUGACACCAUGCGCCUGUCUCUGAGUGUGGCCGACUUUGCCAAAAUGAGAAAAUGCAAGGAAGGAUCCAAGCAGCAGCAGGAGACGCAGCAGGAGACGCAGCAGGAGACGCAGCAGGAGACGCAGCAGGAGACGCAGCAGGAGACGCAGCAGGAGACACAGGAGGAGUCAGAGGAGGCGCGUGGAGCACAGGGCACAGUCCAAGAGGAGAACCAAAACCAUGAGGCAAAGGUGAUGUAA